GCUUCUCUCUCAAUUACGCUUCAAAUUAAUCCAAACCCUUUUUCUCUCCUCUAGAUCUUCAUCUUCUCCUCACUCUCUCUCAGAUCCCUCUCUGGCGACCCCCCUAACCCCAAAUUCGAUCACCCGAAAAACCCUAGAAACCCAUUCGAUUCAAAUUCGAUAUUUCAAAUCGAAUCGAAGCCCUGGAAUCGAAAAUUCCAAGAUGGAGCAGCUGAAGACAAUCGGGAGAGAGCUCGCAAUGGGCUCCCAAGGCGGGUUUGGGCAAUCGAAGGAAUUCCUCGACCUCGUGAAGUCGAUCGGCGAGGCUCGAUCCAAGGCCGAAGAAGAUCGGAUUGUUUUACACGAGAUCGAGAUCCUCAAGCGCCGAAUUUCAGAGCCCGAUAUACCCAAGAGGAAGAUGAAGGAGUACAUAAUUCGACUCGUCUAUGUUGAAAUGCUCGGUCACGAUGCUUCGUUCGGGUACAUACAUGCUGUGAAGAUGACCCACGAUGACAAUCUUUUGUUGAAGCGAACUGGGUACUUGGCUGUGACGCUUUUUUUGAACGAGGACCACGAUCUGAUUAUAUUGAUAGUGAAUACGAUUCAGAAAGACUUGAAGUCGGAUAAUUUCUUGGUGGUUUGUGCUGCGUUGAAUGCUGUGUGUAAGUUGAUCAAUGAGGAGACCAUCCCUGCGGUGCUUCCUCAGGUGGUGGAGCUCUUGGGACACUCCAAGGAAGCGGUUCGGAAGAAGGCGGUCAUGGCGCUUCAUCGGUUUUAUCAGCGGUCGCCGUCUUCUGUCAACCAUCUCAUCUCCAAUUUCCGAAAGAAGCUUUGUGAUAAUGAUCCUGGGGUUAUGGGUGCAACACUUUGCCCUCUUUUUGAUCUCAUUACAGUAGAUGGUCCUUCUUAUAAGGAUUUAGUUGUCAGCUUUGUCAGCAUUCUUAAGCAAGUGGCUGAACGUAGAUUACCAAAGAGUUAUGAUUAUCAUCAGAUGCCUGCUCCGUUCAUUCAGAUCAAGUUGCUGAAAAUUUUGGCAUUAUUGGGUAGUGGUGACAAGCAGGCUAGUGAACAUAUGUAUACUGUUGUGGGUGACAUAAUGAGAAAGUUUGACUCAUCAAGUAACAUAGGAAAUGCUGUUCUAUAUGAGUGCAUAUGCUGUGCUUCAUCCAUACAUCCCAAUACUAAGUUAUUAGAGGCUGCAGCAGAAGCAAUAUCUAAAUUUUUGAAGAGUGAUAGUCACAAUCUAAAAUAUAUGGGCAUAGAUGCCCUAGGUCGGUUGAUAAAGAUAAGUCCAGAAAUCGCUGAACAACACCAACUGGCCGUGAUUGAUUGCUUAGAGGACCCAGAUGAUACUCUAAAGAGGAAAACCUUUGAACUUCUCUAUAAGAUGACGAAGUCCUCCAAUGUAGAAGUUAUUGUUGAUCGUAUGAUUGAUUACGUGAUAAACAUUAAUGACAAUCAUUACAAAACUGAAAUAGCGUCCAGAUGUGUUGAGCUUGCGGAGCAAUUUGCACCAAGCAACCAAUGGUUCAUUCAGACCAUGAAUAGAGUCUUCGAGCAUGCAGGGGAUCUAGUUAAUAUUAAAGUGGCACAUAACUUGAUGCGGUUGAUUGCUGAGGGAUUUGGGGAGGAUGAUGAUACUGCAGAUAGUCAGCUCAGAUCUUCUGCUGUAGAGUCAUAUUUGCAUAUCAUUGGAGAGCCAAAGCUGCCAUCUGCAUUUCUACAAGUAAUUUGUUGGGUCUUGGGGGAAUAUGGAACUGCAGAUGGAAAGUAUUCAGCCUCUUAUAUUACUGGGAAGUUAUGUGAUGUGGCAGAAGCAUAUUCCAGUGAUGACACUGUCAAGGCAUAUGCAGUUACAGCACUUAUGAAAAUAUACGCCUUUGAGAUAGCAGCUGGGAGAAAAGCCGAUGUGCUACCUGAGUGUCAAUCUUUGAUUGAAGAAUUAUCAGCAUCCCACUCAACAGAUUUGCAGCAACGUGCAUAUGAGCUCCAAGCAGUCAUCAGCUUAGAUGCUCAUGCUGUUGAAAGCAUUAUGCCACUGGAUGCAAGUUGUGAAGACAUUGAGAUUGAUAAAAGCCUUUCAUUCCUCAACAGUUACGUCCAACAGUCAUUGGAAAAGGGAGCUCAGCCCUACAUUCCCGAGAAUGAACGUUCUGGAAUUUUAGAUGUUAGCAGCUUCAGAAACCAAGAGCAUAAUGAAGCUUUAACACAUUCUCUUAGGUUUGAGGCCUAUGAGCUUCCAAAACCAGUCGUCUCAUCAAGAAUUCCACCAAUUUCAAUCGCAUCCUCAACCGAACUUGUUCCAGUUCCCGAGCCUUCUUAUCCGAGGGAGAUACACCAAAACGUAUUAGUGCCAUCUGUAUCCGAAACAGGUCCAUCAGAACUCAAGCUGAGACUCGAUGGGGUUCAAAGGAAGUGGGGUAAGCCGACUUACUCCUCUCCUGCACCAUCCACCUCGAGCUCCACUUCCCAGAGAACUGUGAAUGGGGUGACCCAACCUGAUGCGGCAGGCAAUCUAAACUCGAAACCUCGCAAUACCUCUUAUGAUUCAAAAAGGUCUCAAAUUGAGAUUUCUCCAGAAAAACAGAAGCUUGCUGCUUCACUGUUUGGGGGUCCGUCAAAAUCCGAGAAGAAGUCAUCCUCUACCACAAGCCAAAAGGUUUCAAAGACAUCCCACACGGUGAAGGGGGUGGUGACUUCAUCUUCUGAAACUUCUGGAGAGCAGAAAACUCCUCUUCAGCCGCCCCCAGACUUGCUCGACUUGGGUGAACCGUCGUCAGUCACAAGCACUGCCCCGUCUGUGGACCCUUUUAAGCAAUUGGAAGGACUUCUUGACCCAGCAGCUCAAGAUGCUUCUUUGGCUGAAAAUUACGGUGCGGUUGGUUCUACUAAAGCGCCAGAUUUCAUGUCUCUGUAUGCUGAUAUGCUUACAAGCGGGCAAAGUAGUAAGGACGAUGUCAAUAUCAUGUCUGCUUUGUCAAAUGCAGCUACUGUCAAGGGUCCGAACACUAAAGAAUCGCUGGUAAAGGAUGCUCUGGUAAGGCAAAUGGGAGUGACACCAACAAGCCCGAAUCCCAACUUGUUCAAGGACUUGCUUGGCUAAAAAUUUAUGAAUAUAAUGGUACUGUGCAAAGUUCAAUUUGGGAUUCUUUCGAGAAUAAUUACUGUGUCAUUUGGGAAGGGUUUUCUCUGGGUGGGUGUUAAUUUUAUGAGCAUUUUGUUGAUGAUAGAAAAUUACAAUGUUAAUAGCGGAGUUUUAAGAGGCACCCAAACCGGAAAUGGGAUCAGCUUCUUUGUAUCUGUUGCAUUGGAUGAUAUGGGUUUUGUAGAAAUAGAACCAGAGCUGGUGGAAUGUAUAGCGGUGCUACAUUGAGCCUUCCAACUUGCAAGAUUGCCGACAUUUUGGUUUUGGAUCGCUACAGGGACCUUAGGAAUCUAUCCCAUUGCUUUUCCACCACACGGCCUUGUCAUCUUGGCUUCCUUUUUUUUCUUCUUUUUUUUUAAUUUUUUUUUUUAAUCAGCCUCUCAUGUUGUUAUAAUAAUGAUAUAUUGGUGAGGAUGCUCUUCUUAGGCUUUUGUUUGUUCUAAAUUUAUUUUUAUCAAACACUUCGUGCCAAUUUGCUUAGAAAAUUGUGCGUUUUCUACGUAUGAGAAGUCCUUUAUUUAUUUA